CCCCGCUGCACGCACCCGGUUCUUCUUUUCUGUCUUCUUCCUCCGAGCACCAAUUUUCUCUUCCUCUCUUCUUUCUUUCUUCUCAUUGCUUCCACUUUACCUUUUCCUCUUCGUCUCAUCUUCAUCAUGCUGCUCGGCGACUGACUGACGGUGAAUAUAGGAAUCGAACCGGAACCGCCGGAUUGAAACCGGAGAACCGCCGGUUCGCAACCGGUUGGGCAAGUCUACCUUCCCCUGCGAGAAACAAAACCCUUGCGUCCUCCACAAAUGUAGAAAUCUAAAAGCACAGAGGAAAGGAUGCUCAUGAAAUCUACCCCUGGAAACCCUCUUUUCUGCCUCAAAUGGCCGUGGGAUAUUCAUAAUCGACCCCAGAGCAACAGCAACAGCAACAGUCCCUGUACUUUCGAUACCCCCUGGAUUUUCAAGCCCUUCAAGAAUCUCGGCACCGUGGCCUUCAAUUUCGUCAAUUCUGCAGUAUCUACGCACUCUCUCAACAAUCCAUUUCAACUUAAUGAAAAGGGGAAAAAUGUUUUGAACCCGCAGGAGCAAGGAGAGGCGGAGCAGAGAGCAUUUGCUGCUGCUUUGGCGAAUGGUAAAGAAGCCACGGUUCUCGAAUUUUAUUCGCCAAAAUGUAGACUCUGCAACUCGUUGCUCGGUUUUGUGAUGGAAGUUGAGAAAAGGAAUUCUGAUUGGCUCAACAUUGUCAUGGCUGAUGCGGAGAAUAAUUUGUGGUUGCCUGAGCUCCUCCUCUACGACAUUAAAUAUGUCCCAUGCUUUGUCCUGCUGGAUAAACACGGCAAGGCGCUUGCGAAAACAGGGGUUCCAAACAGCAGACUCCAUGUAAUAGCUGGUGUUUCCAACCUCCUCAAAAUUAAACGUCCUAAAAAAUGUUAGCCACGAUUGCGAAAUGUUCUUGUCGCCUUCAUGAAUACGCUCUCUAGUUUUUUAGCUUGUUGCCGAUCUUUUGAUGACGACUGAAUUCUGUCUAUCUUGUGUAUAUUGGUGAAUGGUUUAUAUAAUACAUAGAACAGUCUUGUGUUCUUGCAUAAAUGCACUUGUAAAUGUUUGAUGGAAUGAAUGCAUUUGGAGAUCAACUUUGAA